CAAAGAGAAAAAAGAAUGGACCCUUGCCCUUUCGUACGGCUUACAGUGGGGAAUCUGGCAUUGAAAGUACCAGUUGCGUCUAAACCGGCUCGGUCCGUUGUUCAUCCAUCGUGGUCGCCGUGUUUUUGCAAGAUUAAGCUUAACAAUUUCCCUUUACAAACCGCUGUUGUUCCGUACAUUCCGUCGGAGAAUCAUUUCCCCGAUAACCAACCACCAUCUAUUGCCGCUACUUUCCACCUGAGCAAAGCAGAUAUCGAUAAACUCGCUGCGAAGUCGAUAUUUUCCGCUAAGCUUUCCCUUAAGAUCGCUGUCUAUACCGGUCGGAGCGGCGCUACUUGCGGGGUUAACUCCGGUCGUUUGUUAGGGAGAGUGUCGGUGCCUUUGGAUCUGACGGGAACUGAUUCUAGGGCUUGUGUUUUCCACAAUGGCUGGAUUUCAGUCGGGAAAGAAGGUAAUAAAAAUUCCUCCGCUCGGUUUCACUUGAAUGUUAAAGCGGAACCCGACCGGAGAUUCGUUUUUCAGUUCGACGGCGAGCCGGAAUGUAGUCCUCAAGUGUUUCAGAUCCGUGGAAAUAUCCGGCAACCCGUUUUCACUUGCAAGUUCAGUUUUCGAAAUACCGGUGACCGGAAUCAAAGAUCUAGGCCGUUACAGUCAGAGCCAAGUAGUUCUUGGAGUUGGUUAAGCUCGUUUGGGAGCGAAAGGGAAAGGCCAGGGAAAGAGCGAAAAGGAUGGUCAAUAACAGUCCACGACUUAUCCGGCUCACCUGUAGCCGCCGCUUCAAUGGUCACACCUUUCGUGGCUUCACCCGGUUCGGACCGAGUCAGCCGUUCUAAUCCCGGUUCAUGGCUUAUUCUCCGUCCAGGAGAUGGCACCUGGAAACCCUGGGGCCGUCUCGAAGCUUGGCGUGAACGUGGUUCUUCCGAUGGACUCGGUUACCGCUUCGAGCUCAUUCCCGACAUGAGCGCAUCGGCGGCUAUCGUCUUGGCCGAAUCAACGCUUAGCUCGAAGAAAGGCGGGAAGUUCGUCAUCGACCUCGGCAGCAACAGUGGCGGAGGAGCUUCAAACUGGCGGAACACGCCGGUGAACGCGACGUCUCCGGCUUGUAGCCCGAGAAGCAGCGGGGAUUACGGGUACGGACUAUGGCCAUUUUGCCUUUACAGAGGAUUCGUAAUGUCGGCUCGCGUGGAAGGAGAAGGCAAGUGUAGCAAACCCUGCGUGGAAGUUAGCGUGCAGCACGUGAACUGUACGGAAGAUGCAGCUGCUUACGUGGCGUUAGCAGCUGCCGUUGAUUUAAGUAUCGAUGCAUGCCGGCUUUUCUCUCAACGGUUGAGAAAAGAGCUCAGUAAUCCCCACGACAUAGUUGUCUAAUCCCCAUUCCCUUUUUUUCCCUUAAUGGAUAGGUUUUAGUUUCCAUGGUGGAAAGCAAGAGGUUUUUUACUUUUUUUAAUUUACCUUUUUCCUUAAAAGAGAUUUUUACUAUUUAACCAAAAAAGCUUCAGUAAUUUCCUCUUUUUUACCUCUAACUUUAAAAAAAAAAAAAACUGUACAGUGAAGUCAAGGGAAGCACGCUUUGUUUUUUUAACUGUGUGGCUUUUUUUUUUUUUUUUUUAAUUAUUAUGGAAAAAACUAUGUUUGUAUUUGAACUAGAGUGUAAGGAUAGAUGAUGUGCUGUAAUGUCAAUUUGUAGUUGGCGAUUUUGUUUUAUAUAUAAUCUAUGCUCUAAUCCUGGUUUUAUUUUUUUAA